AAAGAAACUGGCCGAAAAAGAAACAAAAAGAUAAAAAAUGAAAUAAAAGAGCUAGACAAGUAGCGGACAUCCGUUACCUAUAAACGGGCCGAGCACCCAAAUUGGGAGCGAUAGAGCGAAGGUGCAAUUCCCUGCGGGCUACAUGUUCGACGCAUAAUUACAACUACGGAAAUCGAAAAGCGGCGGAAUUCCAGAUUGAACGGACAGGUUUAACUCAAUCACUCUCGGAGUGUUCCUGUAAUUUUCCAUGAUUACAGCGAAUAGGAAAUCGAUCGGUAGAACUUCCAGAUUGAGCAUGCAGGUUUAACGGCGAGAUUCUGGAGAGUUCGCUUAUUUUCCGGCUUCAAAAUUACAGCAAAGAGUGCAUUUUGGCUAGCACUUCUCUUAUAGGAAAGAUGCUUGUAUCAAAUUCACUUGGCUUGGUGAAAGAUAGGUGGGAAAAACGCUCAUGAGAGGUGCAUCAUGUUCCAUCCAAGAAACACACCAAGAUAUCGCAAGUCUUUGAUGGAUUGCCAGCAUUCCUGUACAUCACCUCUUCCACGGAUCUGGGUCAUCGAGACACUAGCACACUCUAAUCGAGUAGAUACAUCUCUUUUACUAGAUUUGCUUGAGAAGACGCCAGAAAUAUCUGAUGAAUUUGGUAAUAAUGCAAGAGAAUCAGUGUCCUUGAGAAUUUUAGAGAGUUUCAUUGUUCAAGGUGGUCCUGCGAAUCCUGUAUCUUCUGCCUCAAGUAAAAAAAUUAGAUUAAAUCCAUCUGACCGUUGUGAGGAUGUCCUCCGACUAAUAUUAACCGAGAUGCCUCCACCCCAUCCUAAACGUGCUGGACCAGAGAUAAUGAAGUGGGAUCUUCAGCCUUUUAUAGAGCAUAAAAGAUCUACCUUGGCUAAAUCUGCUCUACAACAGCUAAAGGAUGCAAUUCUGACAGGAAGCUAUUGUUUUCUUGCAUCUUUGAAAGGACAAAGUGGUUUGCCAGUUAGAAAUCAACCUGAGCAUGAGGCCCAGGUGGAUGAUGGUGACUGCAAUGGCAUGAAACAGAGACUUGAAGGAUGUCGUACAAAUGAUAUUCACCUCUUGAAUAGAGAUUUGGCUGAUGAAAACUUAGUACCAGUUAACAGGAAAAGAAAAGCGACUAGUGAAAAUGCAGGAGGAAACUCUUGUCAAGAUCAUAUCCUGUCGGAGAAUGGGUGUGAAACCGGUAUAUUAUCCGUCAAGAAGUAUAAGCAUGACCGCGGUUGCAGUGAACAACAUGUAGGUGGGAGAUUAACAUCAGCAGGUAUAGAUACACAAGUGGCAGAUACAGUAUGCCUGCAAGACCAUGGAGGAGACAGAUGCAGCUCCAGAAGAGAAACUCAUGUUGAGGGAAUGGCACUAGAUAGACCUCCUGAGGGUGAUAAUAGUAAGAGUACUUCUUCUAAUGGGCUUGUUGGUACUGAUGAAGUUUUGCCUCGUGAAAAGCAGAUUCCUCAUUCUGACACUGAACCAAAUAACAAAUCUGAGGGGGAACAGGAGCAAGCCAAUGACAAGAAGGGAGCAACAGGUGACAAGGAAGGCAUUUGUGACUCCAAAAGAACUACCGAAGAUGUGGAUAAAGUGCAAAAUACUCAAAGAAAUAUCCUCGAUGUUGGUGAAGUUGAAGAUAUUUCUAGUGAUAGUGAUGGGAAGAAUGAUGACAGGACUGCUAUUGCUACAAACAAUAAUGCUUCUCCAGGUCGUCUGUGUGCAUACAGCCAUGAUUCCCUGGAAACAACCAAUCUGAGAGAUCAAAAUCUGUCUUCAGAUACAAGUAAAAGGGACAAGGAAGAAAGGUGCAGCUUAGGAAAAGAGACUAUUGUAGAGGUUGAUGGACGAAAUGUACCUCCUGGAGAUGGUUAUAUUGAGUGUAUUUCAUCAAAGGUUCUUGUUGGCCAUGAUGAAGUUUUGCCCCAAAAAAAGCAUGCUGCUUGUAGUGGCACUGAAGUGCCAAACGAAAACUUUGAACCCAGUCCAGAUCCUGAUGGCGAGAAUGCAGAAGGGGAUAAGAACGGUUCCCAUGGGCUCACAACUGCUAAUGAAGACAUGGAUAAAUUUGAGCAAAAUGUUCUAUUAAGAAAUGACCAGAAUGUCGAUGAAGCUGUAGAAGAUGUCAAUAUUUCUAGUGACAGUGAUGGGUAUUAUGAUGAGAGGUCUAAUAUUGAUACAAAAAAGAGGAGAUUUCUGAGCUCCCAGUGCACCUACAGUCAAGAUUCUUUGGCAACAACUGAUUGGAGAGAGCUAAAUCUUUGCAUGAAGUGUAAUAAGGGUGGAAAAUUACUGGUUUGUAGUUCUAACUCCUGCCCUUUAGUGAUUCAUGAGAGCUGUUUCGGUUCUGAUGCAACCUUUGACACAAAGGGGAAAUUCUACUGCCCUUUUUGUGCAUAUUCUCAAGCAAUCUCAAAGUACAUGGAAGUUAAGAAAAAGGUCUCCUUGGCGCGAAAGGACUUUGCAACUUUUAUUUGCUUGGGGAGCCCAAAAGAAAAGAAGGAACCAUCUCAGAGAUCAUGCAGGCUAAAGCAAGAUCAUUUGGAACAGGAUGAUGAUUUUCCUGAAAGUAAUGAACUUAACAAGGGAGAUGUCGUAGAAAAGGUCAGUAAUUGUCAACAUAGGAAGAGAUUGGAGUUUGAACAAGCAGGGCCUUCAGAACACCCUGGUAACAGUCCCCAUUUUGGAGGAAAAGCUGUAGAUUCAACCAAUAGAUUAGCUCGAACUUUGAGUAAAGACAAACAAGGGGGGGAAACAACAAGGCAAGAAUCCCAAUCUCCCAAAGUUCAUGGACGAAACCAGAGGGCUGCACGGGCAAUUCGUAAAUCUCGGGGUGAAAGUACAUCCUUCCAGGCUUCAAGGAGACCUGAGGUGAAUGAGAAACAGAAACAUGCCAAUACCAGAUCCAAGAAGGAGGUCCAAUGUCCACCAGAAACAGAUUUACCUUAUGAAAACAAGUCCUCACCAAGUUCUCACUCUACUGAUUCAGAAGAAAUACCUGAAGAAGAAAAUGAAGAUUCUAGUGUCUCCAAGUAUUUUAUAAGAGUUCGAAAGCAAGAAAAACAAUGCUCAUAUCCAGCAAUUCCUCAAUUGAGACGGAAAAGACUCCCAUGGACAAGUGCAGAAGAAGAAACAUUAAAGAAGGGAAUGCGGUUAUACUGUAGCCCCUACGACAAAAUUAUUCCAUGGAAGAAAAUUCUGGAAUUUGGGGCCAAUGUAUUCGAGCAAAGCCGUACUACGAUGGACCUUAAAGAUAAAUGGAGGAAUAUGUGCAAAGGAACCCCAAAGUCAAAAUAGAGUUCUGUGCGUAUGCUGGAGUUUGUGCAGUCUCCUAAUUUCCAUGCUGACCACGCCAAUGAAAUUACCGUCCGAGACAUUGGCUUGGGCAUAUUGUAAGUAACGCUUUGCUCGACGUUAGUAUGCGUAUAGAGUUGUUGUAAGUAAUGAUCACUCUUUAAGUUUGGGGGUCUGGACUGUAGUUAUGAAGCUCUAGUUACUCUUAGCCUUCGCCGUCAGCUGUUGCCGAGCUCUAGAUUGCUUAUGUUUGAAGUUGGUUUCCUUUCGCUAUCCACUUGAAUGUGACUGUGUAGCUA